UGUUGUAAGAAUGCAGUGAUUAAUUAUGACAUGUCUAUAACAUUUCUGUAGAGAGAUUACAAUCCAUUGUGAAUAGGCCCUAGCAGAAGCCCAGUAGGCAAUGACAUAGAGCAAUGAAAUCAGUUAAAGGAAGUUCUUGUUGGAACACAUGUUUUUAUGUAGAUACUGUAGGUCAGAAUUAAGGAUCUGUUUUCUUUUGCUUCUUAGCAUCAAGGUUUGGGACCUUGCCCAGCAGAUGGUACUGAGUUCAUACCGGGCUCACUCCGGGCAGGUCACCUGUGUCACAGCCUCCCUGCACAAGGAUUCCGUGUUCCUUUCAUGCAGUGAGGACAACAGAAUUUUACUCUGGGAUACCCGCUGUCCCAAGCCAGCAUCACAGAUGGGCUGCACUGCCUCAGGCUACCUUCCUACCUCCCUGGCUUGGCAUCCUCAGCAGAGUGAAGUCUUUGUCUUUGGGGACGAGAGUGGGACCAUCUCCCUUGUGGACACCAAGAGUGCAAGGUGUGCCCUCAGCUCAGCUGUGCACUCCCAGUGUGUCACUGACCUGGUGUUCUCCCCACACAGCACCCCGUUCCUGGCCUCUGUCAGUGAGGACUGCUCACUUGCUGUGCUGGACUCAGGCCUUUCUGAGGUGUUUAGAAGCCGAGCCCACAGAGACUUUGUGAGAGAUGCUACUUGGUCCCCGCUCAAUCACUCUCUCCUUACCACAGUGGGCUGGGACCAUCAGGUCAUCCACCACAUCCUGCCUACAGAGCCUCUCCCAGCCCUUGGACCUAAGAGUGUGGCCGAGUAGAGUGGAUUUAAGACAAAAAGCAAAUCCCCCAUGAGUAUCCACUCCCUCUGCCCCUGCCCUCUCCGUCUGUGAGACCACACAGGAGCCUUAUACAGUAUGUUGGUACACCAGAUCUGGGCAGUUAAUAGGCAUUGUCUCAGCCUGAGGGAGGCUGGAUUUUGGGAUCCUGUAGUCAUAGGGAAGAAAAACUUUCUUAAAAUUGGAUAUGUAUGUGUGUCUUAGUGUGUGUGUAGAUACAUAGUUUUUGGUGGUGGGAGGGCAUUAAAAAAAUUCAUCUUACAUCUUUCUUUCCCAAGCCCUCCCCCCACCAAAAAAAAAAAAAAAAAGUUUACAAAAGGGUUUUAUGCUUCCCAUGUAGCUGUGCCAUGACUGGAUGAGGUGUGGGAUGUGGGCAUCCCUGGAUUCCUGGAAGCAGCUUAUAUACUACUCAUGGAGAUAGGAGCAACUUUAUUUUUUAUAGAACUUAAUCUGCCUUUCUUAUGGCAAUGCUUCCAUUCACAAAAAUCCCGCCCAGCUCACCUCGAGGAAAAGCCAGGACACUCCUCGUGGUUUUGCAAAUCUCUUUGCCAUUAAACUGAGUCAAAAAUCCAUUUUCUGGCUGAAUAAAAUUUUGGCUGGUGCCUGUAUAACGCUCCCCCCCCACCGCUCACCCCAUGGAAUUGUAUACAUGAAAGAUGAGUGUUUUCCUGUUACAGAUCCCGUGGAAAAAGGUUGGGGGAUGGUGGAGAGCGUAAAGGCAUUUCAGUUAAGUUAAAAACUGACAUAGACUCACAGAGAAAUGUCUGCCAUGUUUCUCUCCGGAAAACAGCUUGGGGCCUGACCUUUGCUGGCUUCUGGACCCCUUUCUCUGGAUAUAGGAAGUCUGAAUGCUGUUUUUGUGGACUCUGAAGAUUUUAAAGUACAGCAUCAGAGAAUCAGAAAUACUAGUUGGUGAAAUAAAAAGCUUAGGCUUUGUUGGCCUGUCUUUUGAAGCAUGUGUUAUGUGCAGUUAGACAUAUCUCACUUAUGUGAGUCAUCAGGGUAUCAGUCAUAGCCGUAUUUUUGUGUAUGUGCUUCCCUAACCCCUUAGAGUAGCUAGUUGGGACUUAAAUAUUGGGUUACUUGGGUUGGUGGACUGGUUACUGCCAGAAGUCACGGUCAAUUACUGGUUAUGAAACUAAAUACAAUAUAUUAUGUGCUUUGGUGUUUUGCAAGUUUAGCUCAGCUAAAAUUACAUGAAACUGGGGCAGUUUGAAGGAAUAUGGACAAAAUAUUUGUAAGAAAAGCUUCCAUGCUUCACCCUUGCCAAACAUGAGCCCUGUCAUCACAAUAACCACGAGUAAAAACAUUGGAAUUUG